UCCACUAUACCGGCCAGCACUCGGCGAGACCGAGGGGAACCCGGCAGUCUCCGCUGGUACACCAAGCUGCGUGUUACCCGUUCCUCGCUCGCUAUCACGUUCUCGACCGUAAUCAGCGUCGACGCGCGUCUCCGAUCUGACAGACCGAGUCGCGGCGGCACGUCGUCGUCGAACAACACGCCCGCGCACCCUGGACGCUGGUCACCACACACCCACCACCGUCCACGCUGCCUCUGUACACGCAUACACGAUCACGCUAUCACACCGGGACGGACACGCGUAACACGUAACACGUAACACGUAACACAGGGACACGGGAUUUUGGAUAAGAGAAAAGGGGACGGUGCGGGGGUGUCUCGUCGCGAGCAGUGAAUCCGCGAUCGCGGGUCGCCCGAGUGAGAAGGAAUCGGGACGGGACGCGUGUUUCCAGGUGCAACGGUCUCCGUUUCGUCCCACCGCAUCCAGGAGUAACACGUGCAGAACGGACAUCGAGCAACGCGACGCCGGCGAUCAACCACGGCGAGACCACGCAAGAUUCACAAAUUCGAGCAAGCGUCAGCGUGAGUCCCUGGCGAACGUUUCCAGUUACUGUCGGCCCCAAGUAGCCGUAUCCUCGAGAACCAGCCGGCGUUCGUAGCAAGACGGCCAAUCGUGCGAACGUCCUCGGUAAUAUUCCGCGGCUGCCACGACCAGCAACAGCCCGAAGAUUCUCCCAGCAAAGGCCAAAAUGCACAUCGAGGUGCAGGUGGCGCUCAACUUCGUGAUAUCGUACCUUUACAACAAGCUGCCUCGCAGGCGGGUGAACAUCUUCGGCGAGGAGCUCGAGAAAGCGCUCAAGGACAAGUUCAAGGGUCACUGGUACCCUGAGAAACCGUUCAAGGGAUCGGCGUUCAGAUACUUGAAGACCGGGGACCCCGUGGACCCGGUGUUGGAGCGUGCCGCGAAGGAGAGCGGCGUACCCAUCCAGGACGUCCUGGAGAACCUUCCAUCCGAGCUCGCCGUCUGGGUGGACCCUGGCGAGGUCAGCUACCGCAUCGGCGAGAUGAACGCCGUGAAGAUCCUCUACUCUGAGAGCGGCGAUCCCCACGACGAGAGCUCCGCCGACCGCGAGGUGACCAAGACCUUCAACCCCGAGGCUCAGUGCUUCAGGCCCAUCGAGGCCGUGGGCACAUCGCUGGGCGGUCUCAGCCUCAGCCCCAAGUCCACGUCCCCGUUCCCCAGCUCGCUGGGCAGCAACGCGAGCAACGGCUCCUCGAACAACCAGCAGAGCGGCCAUGGAUCCGGUUCCUCGUCGGCGCCAUCGCCGACGCCCAUCAGCAACUCGUUCAAGCGUUCGCCUAGUCCUGUCACAGUCUUCAUACCGCGCACCACUGCGCCGCUCACUUUUACCACCGCCACCUUCGCUCAGACCAAGUUCGGCAGCACCAAGCUGAAGACCAGCAGCAAACGCGCCAACAGAAUGUCCCCCACCGAGUUCUCGAACUACAUAAAGCAGCGCGCCAUGCAGCAACAGAUCCACCAUCACCACCACCAUCAGCAGCACCAGCAGCAGCAGCAGCAACAGCAACAGCAGCAACAGCAGCAGCAGGCGGCACCCGGCGGUUUGCCGGUAUCGCGGAGUUCCCCGCGCAGUCGCAGCCAGUCGCCCGGAAGCAUAGUCGCGGGCGCUGGUCAACAGCACACGGAUCCCAGCGCGUAUUUCUUCCAGCACGGGCCGGCAACCUAUCAUCCCCAGUUCCCACACCGCAACAUCUUCGACUCGUCGAGCCACGGCGGCUACCUGUCCGCCGAUCUCUACACGGGCGCGAACUUCCCGUCGUCGUAUCUCGAUCCAGCGACGGUCGCUGGCCACCAGUUCUACGGGGGCAGCGUGAACGGGAACAGCAACGCGGGAGCCAGCAACGGGAACUCCCACAGCGCCGGGAACCUCGGCCCGGUGGGUUCUGCCACGACGAACAGCAACGUGAACGGCACCGCUCAGCAACAAGACAAGACCGCGCUGGUCGACGGUCUGAACAACUUCGGCCUGGGCUCCGUGGCGUCGUACUCGGCCAGCCAGUACCAGCAGCAUCUCCUCGUGGCCAACUAAAUUGUGUCCGGCACGGGUCGAAGCCGAGCGAGGAGGAAACUUUGCUGAGAGGAGAGGAACAGGAGGAACAAGAGAGACGGAAAAACCGCCUUUCCGGUCUCUCCAACGUCGAGACGUCGUCCAAAGUCUAGGUUCCGUACCCUGACACACCCGAUCCGCUUGCACCAUCCGAUGGCUUCUCGCCUAGAGGAGGCCGUCGUCGAACUCCUGCUCACCCUAGUUCCAGCUCUGUCUCUCUCCAGAGGAUAUCCAAACGGUGUAGCUCCAAUCACACACACACAUCCCCGCACGUUUGAUAAUCGACGUCAUCUCGGCUAACGGCGACUCCUGAUUUCUCGUUCGAUCUGUCUCGUCGGGGGAGGAUUCGCUCGGUGGGUCGCGCGGUCGCUGGGGGCAGGCUGCUGAUCCAAACUGGAGAACCGGAAGAUCGGGACGGUCGGCAACCUGCGGCCACGACGGUGAACGAAGAGAUUCGCGAGAGAGGGAGUGAGAGAGAAAGAGAGAAAGAGUGAGAGCGUUAAGAACGCGUACACGGACUGUGUGCCGAACCGGAAGCGUGCGUGCAAGACGUUUUGACGAGAUCAGAAGGAGGAGGAACUUGGACGCGACGGGGACUCGUGGGGAACGUGAACGCGCGAUCGACUUAAACGUAGAGCUUCGCGUACAGUAACGUUCUUUGUAUCAACCGUAUAAUAACGGACCCGAUCGCGAUACGCCGCCAUGGCGUCCCGGUUCGAAUGGCUGCUCCUGUGGCUACCCUUGGAUCAGCCACUCGAGACGACCCGUAUCUCGGGGUCAUUCAUGGUUUCGGUCCAGAAAGAAUCGUACGACGCGCGCCCACGCCUGGGACAGCGAAAAGGCCAAGAGACACAAACACUCGGACACACACGACACGGACGCAGACACACGUACACGACAUGGAUUGACACGCAGAGACAUUCACCGUAUACCUGGCGACGAACACAUAUAAUUAUACGAUACGUACACACACCCCUCGUGGGCCAACGAUCAUCGGGGACACCAGAGGGGACCGGAGGAGUGAAACACUUUCGCGCACGACUUCACCAACACGUACACAGAUAUUACCAACGUGUAAUAAUUUAUUUUUUCACUGGUAUAGUCGGAGAAUUGAUAAUGAAUAUAUCUGUAGAGCCUAUGUAUUAUAUUCAAGAAUAAUGCACUCACUUCACGGGUUCUCGCGAAACGGUAGGAACUACUUGUGAACCCGAGCUACAGAAGCGUCGACGAACCGACCAUUCGUACUCUAGAGCGUUCGCGACGAGAGAGAAAGAGAGAGAGAGAGAGAGAGAGAGAGAGAGAGAGAGAGAGAGAGAGAGAGAGAGAGAGAGAGUGAGUGAAAGAGGCGACUCGUUCCCUUGGAACCAUCAGCGAACAGACCAGGACCAGCGGAGACGAACGAACAACGUCUUUCUUGAACGAUCGAGGGGGUUCCGAGAGUGGACGAUACGCGGUCACAGCUUCUUCGAACCCCCGGGUGAUUUCUUUGUCGAUCGAAUCGCAGACGAUACACGCAGUUCCAUACCGUUUGGAAAACUCGUCCUCGGUACGAUUUUACAUUUUAUUUUUAUAAUAAAUGCAGUAGAGCGUAGGGGAGAAUACAAGGGGGAGGAGGGAGUAGAAAGGAAAUGAGAAUGGCGGCGUGUUCGUAGGAACGGGAACGGGCUGCGUUGCGGGGUCCUCCGAACCAGGGACGAGCAAAAUUUCAUCAAAAAUUGCUGGGAAUUGAUACAACGCGGUCCCCGAUUUCUAAAAAAAAAUCGAUGGCUCAGUUAUCGACACGGUUUUUGACAAUAGACCCUUCGAACGACAAUAGAAAAUUCCGUGCAUUAUUUUCUGCCCGCAUUGUAACAUUUUGUGGAAAACACUGUCAUUCGCGUAAUAAAAACAGUAGUUUGUUUUAUAGUUGAAAUUGUUAAGGAGUAAGCCACUAACGUACAAAUUUCACAGUAUAACGAUAAACGUAAGGACUGCUUUUUUAUACAUUUACCUGCAAAAUUAAUGUCCAAAGUUUACGAUGUUGCCAACGAUCCUUUACCGAAAGGACCUUUACAAUUGCUGAUGUAAAAUGUCGAUGACUGGGUAGGCGUCGAGAUCAGGAUGAGAUUCAUCUUCCGUUCGUCCGGAUGAGAAUUUUGCCCAUCUUUGGCGGGGAGUUAAUCUCUGGCUGGACGUUUCCUUUCGACGCUGGUCCACGUAGCGUCGCGACGACUCCCGAGUACACUAGCUAUCGGACGACGCACCCUCGGCUCGUCCAAGUUCGCGACACCAGGCGAGGGUGGAAGUUGUCGAACUUUCCUAAUUCCCGUGCUAUCGAACGAGCUCUUCGGUUUCUUGCUGGUUCAUCGAUCCCUGGGCACGGUCGAGGCUGCAUGUCCGAAGUUCAGAGUCGUUUCUUCCGCGCACACACAGACACACACACGAACACACACAGGAUUGCCACGCGAUCGUGGGAACCACGUUCACUGGCGAGUCGCGGAGAAUGUCUCGGGCUAUCGGAACCGUCGCAAAAUCAUUUCCCCGUCGUUCGCAACUCGAUAUCGCGCGAAGUAAGUUUCUGGAGCAAAAUGACGGAUUUCUCUCGCGCCGUGAACGUCGCUCAGGGGCAUUCUUUGCGGCUCCGCGCGGUACAAAGGACGAGGAGCGUCGAAGAGAAACGGGGGCGUCACGGUUAGCCGCGAGGAGCCCACAACCAGCCGGUCUGCGUUCGCGAGUAUAAUUAGGUGAUUACGUUAUUAAAGACCGCCGUCACUGUCCUCGACGGCCAGAACACGACCGCGCCGCUGACCCAAAGACGUAUCGAGAUUGUUGCUCGAGAGGUCGAUAGGACCAGAUUUCCAUGUGAACGGUCGUCGAGCUGUCUCCUGGUCGAGUGUUACUUUCAAUUCUAUUGGAUUGCUUUCUCCGCGACAGUAUGGGGCACGGGUCCCUUUUACUCGUGCGUUUAAAUUUGAUUUAACAAACACUCGGAUCCAUCAGUCUUUUCUCCAGUCUGACGGUAAACGGAACAUUUAUUCACGACGAGGACGUCCUCGUAAUCGAAAUUGCCUCUUACACGAUUCUUUUACCCGAGAGUCUUUGUUCCCUGUUCUCAGAAUUAAAAAAAACGCGGACGUAAAAGGGGCUGCCCCAGCCUCGAUUUCCAGCUCGACGACCAGCAACGAUCGUCCUGGGUCUCCGGCGAACGAUCGAAAGAUCGGGUGAGCUGUCCGUCAAGCGGAGGACGGGGGGCGGAGGUGCCGUGAGCCGCGGGCCGGGCACUAGGUGCUAAAAGUAUUAACAAAAAAAAAAGUGUUUAAUCUUGUCGUCGUGGGACAAACGUACGGAAUGCGCGCGGCCUUGGAGACUGUCGACGAGCUCGCGCGUAGAAAAAUAAAAAAAAAUAUAAUGGCAGGGUUCCUUCGCGUCGCUCGAUCCGCUCGAUCCAAACGCGCGCGUCCACUCUCCUUAGAACUAGUUUCUAACCGUUAGCGUGACUUCGUAUCGUGUAAGUGUUGUAGCAUAAUUUUAGGCGUGACCGUUAAUCGUUCUUUCGUACGAAUUUUUAUAUAGCCCGUUUUGUAUAUGAUCGACGCCGCACACAGGGCAGCUUCCGUACUGCUGGGCCGCGAUCGACCGAUGCCGGGUCGCGGUCGUUCGCGCGACGGAUCGAGGCACAAGGGAUCGACGCGUCGUCCAGAUCCUCGCGAUCGAGGCUGACCUGGAAGGAUCGUGUGUUCAAUUCGAUAACCACGGAGCCGCGCGCCGCUGGAAACCUCGAUUCGGAGCAACCCGACGGGAGGGAACGACAAACGUUUCGUCGAAGGGUGUUUCCGAUCCAGCGUCGCGGCCGGCUCUCGCCGUUUAGGAUCUAUCCGAUCGGUACGCUGUUAGACAAAUUAUUAGGCGACAAUUGACGAGCACCGUGAGCGCAGAAGCAUCGAGACGGCGAGCGAGUCGGCAGGACGGGUCUCCAGUCGCGCGGGGGGUGCUAACACAAGUUUUUAACUGCGGAACUAAUAAGGGUAGACAGGGGCGAGAGACACGGGAAUUAGAGGCGCGAGGGGACGAGGCGGGAGGACAGUACCCUUUAGUAAUAUCUAAACUUAAUUGUAACUAUUAACGAUACGUACGACUGUGGUAGCUAUGCUAGUACCUGCUAUUGUUAAAGAGAGAAAGAAAGAAGAGAGGCGAGAGGGGGAUGAAGUCGAUGAAGUGUGACGGUAAUCGCGACUUUAAGGGGGUGGCAUAUACGAUGUCCAUCGGUGGGAUCGGUAGGAUGAAUAUUCGGCGGUGAAUCGUGCUUACUAUUCGUCGCGAUUAGGGUCGUUUUCCCGCUGAUAGACGGUGGACGCUCGACGGGGUUGAGGAUAUCGGAUGAGAGAGAGAGAGAGAGAGAGAGAGAUAGCUCCUGGUAACCGAUUAUUUUUCUAAUCUUUGUAAUCGAACGGAACGGGAUCCCCGUAUUCGACCGGAAGGGAGAUCCCCGGAGACGAUCUCUAUCGACGUCGGCGUCCGCGUCGAACCGAUGGACGUACAGAGGGACGACAGGGGAGGAGAGCAAGCGUUGCAAUAAGUUGCGAAUCAAACGGAUCUCGGCUUGGGACGAGAAGCUCAGCUCAGCGAAGAAUCAAACACACGAUGUAUACUCUUUUAAGAAAAACCAAAAAAAAAAAUACGGGAGCGAGGGACGCGCGGUGAGGAAGGCACGCGACGUUGGGAGGGACGAGUCGUGAGGGCGGAGAAGGAAGGGCGCGAUCCGGUCGGAGCUAUACCGAUAAGAGCAUACAUUGAGGUACACAAAAGAUAAAAAAAAAAAACAUAUAGUAUUAUACGAUUACAAUACGAUUGUAACGAACACUUUAUAAGCGAAGAAACAAAAAUGAAAAAAAACAAGAAUUACGCAUAGUUUUCCAUAAUCUGUAAUGGAUGUAUUCGUUAAACAAAACUGACGAGGGGGAGUUUAAGGUUAAACGAGAAACAAAGAUAUAAGUCAUACGAUGCAUACACACACGUAUUACACACACACACACACACACACACACACCUUACGUACACAGAGAGAUACAUACGCCACGGCAGACACGUAUACAAAAGUUCGAAGUAACACGGGUACACGACACAACAAGAAGUAAAUGAAAAAGAACAAAAAAAAAUGAUGAAUAAGUAAACGAAGUAACAUGACGAAGUAAACAACGGUAAUCUGUCUCUUUAAAGUAUCAUGUGUCUAUAAACUAUAGCGAUCGAUAUUGUCUCUUUAACCGUAAAUGGAGAAACAAGUAACCGUGGUAACGUAAUAAUGUCAUAGCGAUAACCGAACACUGCAAUAUUAGAUAUAAUAUAUAUUCAUACAUUUAUAGAGGUGGAAGAGAGCUAUGGGAAAUAAAACGAAACGGGAAAUGCGCGCAGCUCGAGUGCCGAAAAAAUGACGGGGAUACAAAAAAUGAACAAAUAAGAAAAAAACAGAAAAAAAAAAAAAUAAUGAAAAGAAACCGACACGUGGAACGAUACGAGGGAAAAACGAACGUUUCAAAGCGACUCGGGCAUCGUUUCGGCGUCGCUUUUUCGCUUUUCCCGCGGGGAUACGAUUGAAACGAACAAAUAAACGCCUGGAAAUGGAAAACGCGGGAAGCAGGCUGCGCGCAUGCGUGUCGGAUAGCGAAAGAGAACGAAAUGAAACGCGCAAACGAAAUAGAACCGGGCAUGGUCUCCAGGUACACUUUUAAACGAAAAAAAGGCCGUUUCACGAUAAAAGAAAAAAAAUAGCAAAGGAAAAACAAAACGAAAACCGAAUGGAAGAGAACAAUAUACGCGUUCUGUGUAUCGGACACACACAAACACACACACAUGCACACACAUACCUGUCCACACUUACACGCACGCACACGACACGAAGCAACACAAAGAAAGACCCACCUAUCGAUUACUCUACCAAGUAAUGAAUUAACAAGAGGAUGAUAAUUAGAUUUGUAACUAAUUACAUAUAUAUUUUUCAAUACUUUAACUACUUGCUGAAUGUAAACUAUAUACAUACAAUUAUAUAUUAUAUAUAUUAUAUAUAUAUUAUAUAUACACACACGUACCGCUUAGAGCUGUACCUCGGUUGCAGCGCGACGGGGGUGUGGCUCGUCGACUUCCAACCCCCCUAGGGAGAAUGAAUCGCGACAAAGUAGGUUGAAUCCAGCAGAAAACUUACACGAAAAUCGCGGAUUCGAUGUCACCGCGGUCAGAGACGGACGAAAUUUUAUUCGAACGCUAAAAAUCUUCGUACAGUGAUUGAUUCUCGACGAUUCACUCGAUCGAAGGCAUGAUUUAAUUGUACAAUUUAGAUUGUCAUUUUUAUUGAACGAACGAACGAAUCGAAAGUUCUUUCCAUCUUUUGUUGCCGUGAAAAUUUCGCCCGUUUCUGGUCGAGAGGGGGGGUCGUUGAUCGACGAGUCCGAUUCUCGAUCGCGCGGCGGGGGGGCGGAGUGAACGGUGUCGCCCACCCGGGAGAGGGAGAGAAAGAUCUACGCGAGAGAAAGAACCUUUUUGUACCCCACCCAAGUCACACUCUCGGUGUCGAAAUGGUAAAAACAAAAACAAGCAACUAUGUUACUCGUGUAAGUGCAUCCUAAAUGUAACUGUUACGAAAAAUGCCCCUUCUCCGAAGCCCCACCCCAGGCCCCAGUCUUCAUCGUUUCGUACGUAGAUAGAUGAGGGAUGAUGAUGAAAUAAAACGAAAGCGGCAGAGAAGCGUGAACGAGUGAUCCGGGAAUGCGUGAUUUCACAUCGGUCGAGAGAUGAAAAAAAAAAAGAAACGAGAAAAAAAGGUCGGCGUGGAUCGCGUUGCGUGGAAACGAAAUUUCUCGGGGGCAAGAUCCGCGCUAGUUCGAUUCGUUUGUUCGCAAAUGGGCUGGACGGGGCGCGAGCACCGCCCCUUUUCGCGAUUUUCUUUCGUUCAGUUCGCCGACGAUUUUCUGCUCGCCUACGUUUCGCAUACCGUGUGUCGUUUUAUGUCGUUGCGUGUAAACGCUUGGUGUGUGUCCGAUGAAAGUGCGUGUGCGCGAAUGAUGAGCGAAUCAUUGAGAGAGAGAGAAAGAGAGAGACAGAAGAUGCGCAUCGGAUGCGUGCGAGCGAGACAACAAAAAAGAAAAAAAAAACAGCGAGACACUGUACGCCUAUAUAUGUAUAUCUGUAUAUAGGUCCUUUUUCACCCGCUACCGUUGUUUCCUUUAUACUACUUCUUCUCCUUUUUUAUCAUUACUACUAUUAACUGUUAGAGUAUUGUAAUCGAGAUGUAUUUUCUGUUGGCUUUAGAUUUUGUUCCUUUAUUUUUGUACGAGAACCGUUUUACCUAGAACCGUGUGCGUAUACGCUAAGAAUAUAUUUUUUUUUUUUUUAUCUUACCGUCGAUCCAUGGAUCCGAUCGCGGAUCCCGAAGAUCUUUAGAUGGCGCGGUCGACGCUGGUGGUCCGCGCGUCGAGACGCCACCGGACGACCGGCGACCACCGCCAGCCCCGUUAGCCUUAAGGUGACCCCAUUUUAAAUAUUUUUUUUUUUCCUUUUGUUUUCUCUAUCAUUAUUAAUUUUUUUCUUUUUGAUAGUUUGUUAUUGUUGUUUUUUUUUGUAUGAUAUUUGAUUAUAUACCAGCGUGCAUCGCGCCUCCAGAUAAUAUAAUAUAUACCGCUAUAUUAUAUAUACAUAUACAUAUAUAUAUAUAUUUUUGUUAAUAAUACAGUGGUUUGAUGAACUACAGUGAUUAUCCUGUUGUAAUGGAUUUGUUUCUAUCUCUUAUGGCCCGCGAAUGCGUAAUUAAAGUAUACAUAUAUAUAAAUAUAUAUAAAAAAAAAAGAAGGAUAGAACACGUGCAUAUACAAAUAUGAAUAUAUGUAUAGACAUUAUACAUACUUAUAUAAAUAUCGAUUAUAUAUAUACAUAUAUAUGUAUAUAUACACAUAUACAUACACACUGCUACAUUAUAUUUUGUUUAAAGAGGAGAAAAACAAAAAAAAAAAAAAAACAAAAAAGAAAUUAAAAAAAGGACGAUGGAAUAGGAGGUUGCGAGGAAAGGUGUGCUCGUCGAUGACGACGAAGAGCGGAGAGUGGAAAACGAGCGAGAGAGAGAGAGAGGGAGAGAGAGUAGAAAAAAUAUAAAAAGCGUUUCUUGAAAUUUUUCGAGCGUCCGGGCCGUCCCCUCGACCCGUAAACACAAAAUAAAUUCGAGAGAAGAAUAAAAAUAACAAUCGAAUAUAUACCGAGUACGGGGAACGAAGCAAACGACGAAACAAAAAACAAAGUGUGACA